UUUUCAACAGAUUUGAUUCAGAAAUGAUUGAAGUCAAGAUUCAAAGAUUAAAAUCAGAAAUAAAAAAGAAGCAUCUGUACAUUUUUGAAGGAUUUGCAAAGCAGGGAAACCCAACACUACUGAAUGAGGUCUACAUAGACCUCUACAUCACAGAGGGAGGGAAUGGAGAGAUCAGUAAUGAACAUGAAAUUGAAAGGAUUGAAAAAACUUUGAAGACUGCAGCAGGAGCAACAAUACCAAUCAAAUGCAAUGAAAUCUUUAGAGCUUUACCUGGACAAGACAAACCCAUCAGAACUGUGCUGACAAAAGGAGUCGCUGGCAUUGGAAAAACAGUCUCUGUGCAGAAGUUCAUCCUGGACUGGGCUGAAGGGAAAGAGAAUCAGGACGUCCAGCUCAUAUUUCCACUUCCUUUCAGAGAGCUCAAUCUGAUGAAGGACAAAACACUCAGUCUUUCAGACCUUCUUCUCGUCUUUUUCCCUGAAACAAAAGAAAUGGAAAUAUCCAGUGACAAAUAUAAAGUGUUGUUCAUCUUUGAUGGUCUGGACGAGUGUCGUCUGUCUCUGGAUUUUCAGAGCGAUGUGAGGUUGUGUGAUGUAAGUGAAUCAGCAUCAGUGGACGUGCUGCUGAAGAACCUCAUUGUGGGGAAUCUGCUUCCCUCUGCUCUCAUCUGGAUCACCUCCAGACCAGCAGCAGCUGAUCUCGUCCCCUCUGAGUGUGUCCAUCGAGUGACAGAGGUACGAGGCUUCAAUGAUCCACAGAAGGAGGAAUACUUCAGGAAGAGAAUCAGUGAUCAGAGUCUGGCCGAUAGGAUCAUCUCACAUCUGAAGUCAUCAAGGAGCCUCUUCAUCAUGUGCCACAUCCCAGUCUUCUGCUGGAUCUCAGCCACUGUUCUGGAGAAGAUGUUGAGUCAAGCAGAGAGUGGAGAGAUUCCCAAGACUCUCACUCAGAUGUACACACACUUCCUGAUGGCACAGAUUAACAACAAAGUCAUGAAGUACAAUGAGAAAAAGGACACAGAGAAAGAGAUGAUAUUCAAAUUAGGAAAACUUGCAUAUGAUCAUCUGGAAAAAGGCAAUGUGAUCUUCUAUGAGGAAGACCUGAGAGAGUGUGGCAUUAAUGUGACAGAAGCAUCAGUGUACUCCGGAUUGUGCACUCAGAUCUUCAGAGAGGAGUUUGGCUUGUAUCAGGGGAAAGUCUUCUGUUUUGUUCAUCUCAGCAUUCAGGAACAUCUAGCGGCUCUAUAUGUGCACCUCUUCUUCCACAAUGGCGGCAAAAAUGUGCUUGUAGUGGGUGAAGCAAAGGAAUCAGAUAUUAAUGUUAUACUCAAAUGUGCAGCUGAUAAAGCUUUAGAAAGUAAGAAUGGACAUCUUGAUCUCUUUCUUCGCUUUCUCAUGGGACUUUCAGUGGAGUCAAGUCAGGCUCUCCUAGAUAGGUUUCUGAUGAAAAGAAAAAUAUUUUCCCAGGACACAGUGAAAACUAUUAAUUAUCUUAAGGAAUUGUUAAAAACAUGUUGUCCAGAAAGGAGUAUCCUUCUGUUCCACUGUCUAAAUGAACUUAAUGAUCAUUCUCUAUAUGAUGAAAUCAAAAGGUACAUGACCUUGGGAAAAGUUAAAGAAAUCCAGUCCCAAGAACUUGGGUUGGCUCUGAUGUACAUUUUAAUGACAUCAGAUGAGAAGUUUGAUGAAUUUAAACUAUGUAAAUAUGGUAGAUCAGACAGAAUUCUUAACUGGCUGCAACCCGUAAUCAAGUUGUCUACUAAGGCCUGGUUGCAUGACUGUAAUAUCACAGAAAGUGGCUGUUUAACACUGUCUACGCUUCUUUCAUCUCAUUCCAAUGUGAGAGAGAUGGACCUGAGCCACAACAAGCUGCAGGACUCAGGAGUAGAAAUACUCAGUGCAGGAGGAAAGAAAUCACGCUAUGCACCAAAACUAAUGAGGAAAUUGUUAGGCAUUAAGGAAAAUGAAGAAAACAAUGUCCAUUAUGAAGAUUUUAUGUCUGUCACUGCUGGAAUACAGGACACAGAGUGCACACUGGAAUCCCUGAAUCUGGAGAACUGUGGAGUAACAGAAGCAGGCUGUGUUGACCUGAGCAAAGCUCUGAGUUUAAACCCUUCUCAUCUGAGAGUGCUGGACCUGAGCUGGAAUGACAUAGCAGACUCUGGAGUGAAACAUCUUUGUGCUGCUCUGGUGAAAGUUCACUGUGCACUGGAAACACUGAGGUUAAAUAACUGUAACAUAACAUACACAAGUUGUAUAGCAUUGACUAAAAUACUACAAACACCUUCAAACCUGAAAAAACUCUCUCUAAGUGAAAAUAAGCUCCAGGACUCAGGUGUGAUGCUCUUCUCUGUUGGACUCCAUCAUCCUCACUGUAAACUGGAGGCACUCAGUCUGAAGAACUGUGGAGUAACAGAAGCAGGUUGUGUUUACCUGAGCAAAGCUCUGAGUUCAAACCCUUCUCAUCUGAGAGUGCUGGACCUGAGCUGGAACGACAUUGGAGACUCUGGAGUGAAACAUCUCUGUGCUUCUCUGCUGAAAAUUCAUGCCGCAUUGGAAACACUAAGGUUGGACAAAUGUGAAAUCACUGAGAAAUGUUGCACUGCUUUAGCUUCAGCUCUCAGCUCAAAGACCUCCAGUCUAACAGAACUGGAGCUGAGCAUUAAUGAUCUACAAGACUCAGGGGUGAAGAAGCUCUGUCUUGGACUACAAAAUCCUAACUGUAAACUAGAGAAGCUAAGGUUGUCCAAGUGUAAAGUUACACUUGAAGGUGUGACAGCACUGAAUGAAGCUCUGAAAUCAAAUCCAUCCCACCUGAAAGAACUUGAUCUCCUUGACAAUGAUCUGGAAGAGUCAGAUUUAAAUGUGCUCUCCAUGCUAUUGGACAAGUCAUCAUAAAACAGUGAUCAUUUAGAUAACUCUAAUAAUAAACACUCAAGCUUUUAACAUUGUGAGUAUUAAUCACACAUGAGACGGUGAAAUCAUGAUACCAAAUCAUGAUACAAUCUAAAUUAAAGGGAUAGUUCACCAAAAAUUAAAAUGGUCAUAAUUUAUUCACCCACAUGUUGUUGCAAACCUAGAUGAUUUAGUUUUCUUCUGUUCUUCUGUUGUAUUUUUUCCCCUCCAUACUGUGAAGUCAAAGGCUUCCGGCAAGUGUUUGGUUACCAACAUUCUUCAAAAUAUCUUCUUUUGUGUUCAACAUACAGGUUUGAAACAAUUUGAGGGCAAGUAAACAAUGGCAGUAUUUUUAUUUUUAGGUGAACUAUCCCUUUAAUAUUAAGACAAAUCACAAUUUGUAUGGACUAAGAGUUUGGAUAGUAGGUUUUAUAAAGGGUUACAUACAGUUUACUGUAUUCAACAUAAAUGAUGUAGGUAUAUUUUUAUAUUUAUGAAUUUGGUUAUAACGUUGGUAACAACUAAUAUGAUGUUAUCUUUUAUAAAGAGUUACACAUAUGUAAUAUAUGUAAAUAAAUAAAUAUAAUAAAUGUACACAUA